AUGGCACCAAAACACAAAAAGUCCAAGACUUCAGGAGGAGGAGGAGCACCACCAGCACCAGCACAAGGAGGAGCCAAGGCAGCCAACAAGGCCACCAAAACCAAAGCCAUAGCCGAAGCCCGUGCCAAAGCCGACGUCGCACCCAUCACGCACAUCUCGCAGAACCGCCGCGGCCAGCACGGAAGCCUCGCCAAAUUCGAUAACAAGGACCAGUCCGAGAAACUGAAGCCCAAGGAGAAGACGGAGGUUGAGCUCGAGAACUUGAUCUUUGGAGCUGAUAACCAGGAGCUUCUUGGAGAGGCGUUCUCGAGGAUUGGGCAUGAGCUUUCUAGUGAUGAGGAGGAUGGUGGAGAUGAUGGUUUUGAUUAUGAUUUGGAGGUUGGGUUUGGGGACGAUGAGGAAGGUGGAGGGGGUGAGGAUGGUGGUGAUAUGUUCUUCAUGGAUGCUGGUCCUACGCCGGUGAUGAGGGAGGAGAUUGAUGAGGAUGCUGAGGAGGAGGAGCCUGUGGAUGAGGAGAUUGGAGAGGGUGAGGAUGUUGAGGAGGAGGAGGGUGCUUCUGAGGAUGAAGAGGUCUCUCGACUUACAGCGAUCUAUGGAGGAAAGCCGGCUUGGGUGGACGAGGAUGACAAGACGCUGAAGGUCUCGUUAAAGACGGCCAACCGGUUGAAGAAGCUCCGUAAGCAGGAGGCUGAGGAUGUUGUCAAUGGAGUCGAUUACGAGCAGCGUUUGCGACGACAGUUUGAGAAGGUGUACCCGGUCCCGAACUGGGCACAACCCGAGGACUCACGGAAACGUCGCCGCGGCGGUGUAAACGCAAUCGACUCUGAUUCAGACUACUCGGACGAGGAGCAGGAACAGGAAGACAGCAGUAUCCUCCUCACAUCCAGCAAGGGUUUUCUUGAAAAGUCCAAUCGUCUUCGUGUUCUCUCAUCGGAAUCCAUCACUGUCACACGUGUCAAGAACGCCAACCAGAUGGCACCUUCCAAGUCUGUUAUUCAGUCGGUCGAGUUCCAUCCUAAUUCGCAGAUGCUGUUGACGGCUGGGUUUGAUAGGACGUUGAGGCUCUUCCAGGUCGAUGGCAAAUUGAACCAGUUGAUGCAGAGUGUGUUUUAUAAGGAUUUGCCGAUCUACAAGGCAGCCUUUUCGCCAGCACCGACUUCUGGAUCGGGAGCAGGAAACAAUACAGUGGUGGUGUCAGGACGUCGCAAGUACUUUUACUCGUACGAUAUUGAAGCCGGAAAGGUCGACAAGUCCCAGGGGAUCUACGGUCGUAACGAGAAGUCGCUCGAGAAGUUUGUCCUCUCCCCCUGUGGUACCUGGAUUGCCUUCCUUGGCAGAGACGGAUACAUUAUUCUUGUCACGACCAGGACACGUCUUUGGGCAAAGAACUUCAAGAUGUCGGGAAAUGUCCGGGCGGUUGCUUGGUCGUCGGAUUCGGAGUUCUUGUAUUCUGUGGGUGGCGAUGCCGAGAUUUAUCAGUGGCAGGUUUCGAGUGGGAAGUGUGUGCAUCGGUUUGCGGACGAGGGCGGGUUCAAGCCGACGUGUCUUGCCGUCUCGCCUAAUGAUCAGUUCUUCGCCGUCGGAUCAAAGAGUGGAGUGGUGAACGUGUACGACAGGACAUGCCUAGAGACCCGCACACCCAAGGCCCUGCGCGCGAUCGGAAACCUGACUACCUCCAUCCACACCAUGCGCUUCAACCACGACUCCCAGAUCCUGGCCAUUUCCUCCAAAGCCCGCAAGGACCAGUUGCGUCUCAUUCAUAUCCCCUCCCUCAAGGUCUUCCCCAACUGGCCCACAAAGGGUACUCCUUUGUCUUAUGUUACCUGUUUGGCCUUCUCCCCAAGGAGUGGUUACUUUGCGAUUGGUAACGAUAAGGGUAAAGUCUUGCUCUACCGUCUCAAUCACUACCCCUCCGCAUAA